AGGUGAAAACCUCAACUACGUCACUGGAAAGCGCCGAGCUCCAGUUUGUGAAGUUUAUAAAGCAGCAGCUGCGGAUGGCGAAUAAACAAAACCACGUGGAUUAUCUGUCAAAGUCCAGUUAGGCCACAGAUGGAUGAGCUGGAUGCCCUGCAGCAGAGGUGUCUCCUGAAUCUCAGGCGAAGGAUCCGUGAUGUAGAAGCGGCACGUCAACAGGAAGUUUGCACCAGGCUCCUCAAAGAUGGGGAUACACUCAGUUACCACGGAAACUCUGAAGAGGUCGGUUGCUACGUGGCUGGUGUCCCCUUAUCGAAAGGAAACUGCUAUUUUGAGGUCACUAUAGUGGACACUGGUGUGCGAGGGACCAUUGCUGUGGGGCUGGUGCCGAGGUUUUAUCGUCUGGACCAUCAGCCCGGCUGGCUCCCAAAUUCUGUGGCAUAUCACGCUGACAACGGGAAGUUGUACAAUGGAAAUCCUGUAGGACAGCAGUUUGGUCCUAAAUGUUCUCGAGGAGAUCGGAUCGGCUGUGGAAUUCACUUUGACAAUAUAGAAAGCGGCGUCGCAAACGUCUUUUUCACCAAGAAUGGCAAAGAGGUGGGGUCGGUGGAGGUAGGGGUCAGCGCGGAGGGCCUGUUCCCCGCUGUAGGGAUGCACUCUCUGGGGGAAGAGGUGAGGGUACACCUGGGGGCACAGUGGACCCUGGAGGAGGACGACAGCGCCAUGAUGGUGGACAGCCAUGAGGACGAGUGGGGCCGACUCUACGACGUCAGAGCCAGCGGAACGGUGCUGGAAUACACGGGCAAAGGGAAGAGCAUCAUGGACGUAGGUUUGGCUCAAGCUCGCCACCCUCUGUCCACGCGGUGUCAUUACUACGAGGUGGAGAUCGUCGACGCAGGAGAGAAGUGCUACAUCGCUCUGGGACUGGCACGAAAAGACUACCCCAAGAACAGACACCCGGGCUGGAGCAGAGGGUCCGUGGCGUACCAUGCAGAUGACGGUAAACUGUUCCAUGGCAGUGGAGUCGGAGACGCGUUUGGUCCUCGCUGUUUUAAAGGAGACAUCAUGGGCUGCGGCAUCAUGUUCCCACGAGAUUACAUCCUCCACGAGCACGCUGAAGCAGAUGAUCUGGAGCCUGCGCCGGUCCAAAACAUUCUGUACCUGAACGAGGAAGAAGAGGAGGAGGAAGAAGUGGAGCCAGGACAGGAAGUCACCAGAGUAACAGUCUUCUUCACCAGGAAUGGGAAGCUGAUGGGGCGCAGGGAGAUGGUGGUGCCCCCUGGUGGACUGUACCCGACAGUGGGAAUGCUGAGCUGUGGAGAAAAGGUUAAAGUGGAUCUCCACCCGCUCAGUGGGUGAACCUGGACUCAGCUGGGACUAAACUGGGACAAAACCUGGACUAAACCUGGACUAAACCUGGGUCUUAAAGUGCAUAUGACAGGUUUUCAUGUUUUUCUCAUUCUGACUUGGUUUGGUGGGAUAAUUCAAGUCAAGUCUAAAUUCAACAAUAGUUUCAAAACGUUUUGGCCCCUGUUUACAUUAUGGUUGCUAGCUAACAGUCACGCAAUGACCUAUAGCUGCUGCCCUUGUCCAACCAGGAAGUAAACUUGCAAACUUCACCAAAGCUAGAUAAAAACUAGAUAAGAUUUUUUUGUUAAAUUUUAAAAUUAUAUUAGCUAUGUUUUAGUGAAGUUUGUGGUCUAACCUGUCACUGGUCAUAUGCGCUUUAACCUGGACUUAACCUGGACCUAAGUGUGGACCUCAAAAUGGCCGCCAGGAGCCCUCAUAUAUGACACAUACUAUAGUCUUCCUCUGUUUAAAUGACUGUAACACACAACCCUCCACUGAUACUGUACCUCUGAGCAAAUCUAUGAUGCCACACAUGGAUUUGGCACGAUUUGGCACUUAAAGGAGACAUGUUGUGCAAAUUUACUUUUAAUAGCCCUUAAACCUGUUAUAAUGUCUUUCCCCUCUCAUUUACUCUGUCAAAGUUGUAUUUAGAGUGAUUCAUGUAUGUUUGAGUAAUCUUUAAUCUCCUGUAUUCAAGACGUCAUCACUCUGGUCAACUCCCGUUUUCACACCCAGUACACUCCCACUGUGACAUACGCACUUCGCUCUCUAGUUUUAUUUUCAUAAUCCAUGAUACUCGUAGGAUUCGGCAGCGUCGCGCAGUCAUUUUGGUACAAAUGAGAAGAAAAAAAAAUUCCCUUCUCCCUAGUGUGAUCUGCCAAACAACAUGCGGCGCUGUGUUGUGAUGAUGUUUACAUGGAUGUACCGUAAUGGGAAUCAGCAGUAGAGUAGUCAAAAGUAUCGAAAAUCAGAUACUAAUUGAUACUAAAACCAAUAUCAAAACUGAAUACUCAUUUGAGAAGGUAUCGAUACUAAAAAGUCACAUUCACAGGACAGAAAUGAAUCUUUCCUGAAUAGCUUUAGACUGAUCUUGAGCUGUAUCUUUCACAAGUAUAAGACACAUAGACUAGUUUACACCAUGGACCACUAUGAACCUACUGGACACGUGAGGGAUUACACUGAUAUAAGACACAUGGGAAUAGAGUGUUUUUUAUUAUCAUUGUAGUAUCGGGAUCAGUAUUGAGUAGUGAGUCUAUUCCUUAGUAUUAAAAUUGAGUUUGAAAUUUUAGUAUAGAUUAAUAACUAUAGAGCAGACACAAGCACAAUAUGUCUUCUUUAUAAAUACAUACUGAAAAAAACUUUUGUUUGCCUUUUUGUUUUAUUUCUGAUUUGGUUGGUCAACAGUUGUGGAGGGUUUUGUACAAAAAAAAAAAAAAAAAUGUUCUGUAUCCUGUACCAGGGAGACACUGCCCUCUUGUGGGCCAUCAGGGACAUACAGCUCCUCUGUGCUUCAGCCGAGGAUGAUAUACCACAAAUCAAAAUGCAUAUUCUACACAUUUUAAAACAGAACCACGUAACUUUCAGUGAUAGAGCGCCUCCUGCAGCUGAUUUAGGAGAAAACACUGUCAGGGAACGGACUCAGAAGUGCUUCUUUUUUUCUUUUCUUUCUUUCUUUUUUACUGCAAUCAGGCCGUAUAAUCACAUAGAAAGCAUAUAAUGUUGCCAUAUUUUCAAAAAAGAACUCUCUUUGAGUCGUGUCAGCCAUAUUGCAAGGCUGGUUUUCAGACAACACAUCAAACACCCCAAAAAUACAUAUUUAACCAUCACUGAGACUUACAAAACAGUUUAAUAAGGCAAAAAUGUUACUUAGUUCUGCUUUAAAACCAUGGUGAUGAAAUUUAUAUUGCCAUAUUAUAAAGUCAGAGUAGAAGUAUUUUUCUACACAGUUUAACAAUGUAAACCUAACAUGAGUUUAAUACUGUAUCAGGGAACGUGUUUUUGUACAGUGCACUUUGAAGACCUUAAAAAAAAAAAAA